UCACCACCAGCAGCAGCAUUCUCAUCAUCUGUUUUCAGUGCCUGGAAUUAUUUCACCGAAGCAUGUGAUCGCAAUGACUUUAGUAUCUGCAGGCCAAUAGUAAUUCCAAAGCCACUGUUGAUACCACCGGCAUCGCUGUCGCAGCUACAGCUAGCUCCAGCACAAAAACCGCUUGCGCUAACAUCGGCGACGUCAGCAGCUCAGAUUGUCCACGAAAACAGGGCAUUAGUGAUGGUGGAAGCGCUGCCUCGUCGUGUAGCGCAAAAAAAGCACGCAAUUGCUCGACUGAUCCGGAAUAUUUG